AAACAGGGUGUGGUCGUGAAACUAGCAAGGUCUGUAGUAGUGGCCUGGGGUUUAAAUUGAGUGAUCCUAGUGCCAAAGUUAUCAUUGCUGGCCUUUUACUUUUACUCAUCUCUCAUUUGCCUCCUCUCUCCCAUCUCUCACUUGGGAGAGUUUCAGCUCUUCUUGGAUUUUGUGUGUGUGUGAAAAUAUCUCGACAUUACACAUUGAUCUCAGCCACAACCUAAGGAAUAGCUUUGCAUUUUUUCUGGUUUCCACCUGAUCAGUCUGACCGAUCUGUUGGAUCCUCUGGAUUGAGAGCUGCCUGCUCUGGCUGUGCAGCUGCUUUCCUCACAAACGGUUGUACCAAAGGGCACUCAGUGCUGUUUGAUGAGCCGCUGCAGCUGUCUCCUGUUUAUUCAGUCUGUGAGGAAGCAGGGGUUUGUAGAAGAAGAAGAAGAAGAAGAAGAAUCAAACAGUCACCAUGCUGCGAGAAGUUGUGUCAAACGUUUUAGAAUUCUACAAUUUUCUAGUAUCAAGAACUGAUGCCAGAGUCAAAGACUACCCACUGAUGCAGAGUCCACUACAGAUGACCGCCAUCCUGUUGGGCUAUGUCUUCUUCUCAGUGUAUGCUGGACCUCGCCUGAUGGCUAACCGCAAGCCCUUCCGUCUAAACUCAGCCAUGAUCAUCUACAACCUGAGCAUGGUUUUAUUGAACGCCUACAUAGUGUAUGAGUUCAUGAUGUCUGGAUGGGCUACUACCUAUACAUGGAGAUGUGACCUUAUUGACCUCUCGAGCAGCCCGCAGGCGCUUAGGAUGGUUCGAGUGGCUUGGUUGUUUUAUUUUUCAAAAUACAUCGAACUCCUCGACACAGUAUUCUUUGUGCUGAGAAAGAAACAAAACCAGAUCACAUUUCUCCAUGUAUUCCAUCACUCCUUCAUGCCCUGGUCGUGGUGGUGGGGUGUCACCCUGACUCCUGCUGGAGGAAUGGGCUCCUUCCAUGCCAUGGUGAAUUCAACAGUCCACGUUAUCAUGUACUCUUACUACGGACUCUCUGCUGCAGGACCUCGCUUCCAGAAAUACCUCUGGUGGAAGAAGUACAUGACCGCCAUCCAACUUACGCAGUUUGUUCUAGUCUCUAUUCACAUCAGCCAGUACUACUUCAUGGAAAAGUGUGACUACCAGGUUCCCAUAUGGAUCCACCUCAUCUGGAUGUAUGGUUGCUUCUUCUUCGUCCUCUUUUCCAACUUUUGGGUGCAGGCUUACAUAAAGGGCAGACGGCUCCCUGCUGCAGUAGACAAGCCAAAACAGAAUGGUUCAAGCAGCGAACCUAUAACUGUGGUGGCCAACGGCAAACACCUGGAGAAUGGAAACACGCACCACCACACUAAUGGAAAAAUCCUCCUGGGAAAAGUCAAGGAAAUCUAACUCUGUGACUCUAAAAAUGACAAGCAGGCAUAAGAGGAGGCCACCUUGAAUAUGUUGGUCAUCAUAUCCUGUAGCAUAUUGGAAUGACUCAGAUUUCACUAUUCUACCCCUAAACUAUCCGAGUCUCGUCUCAACUAUAAGUCUCGUCUUUUUUUGAAAAUAUAUGCACACUUCGUGGGAUAUAAAUGGCAUUUUUGUUAUUUGCCAGUGAUCUCUUCAUGCCACAUUGUGUUUGUUAGUUGUCAAAACUACUAACUGUGACACACACUGUAUGAAGAUUGGUGCUAAUUUAGUCACUUAUAGUAUUCUUCAACUCAGGCUUCACCCACAUGUUUAAACCGACACUGCUGUUUGACAGGCAUGACCCUUGUUGCUUGGAAGUAUCACACAGUUUCCACUGAAGAAUAGCACAUGUAAAUAACUGCAAAGUUUAUGCCAAAAAAAGAGUUUUCAUUGUAAAUGUCAAAUAUUUAGUUUUUUUCUGCUUUUAUUUAUCUUUUGAAAUAAAACAAAUUUUAGAUAAAGGUCUCUGUCAUUUGGAAAGUAGUUAUAGUGUGCACUUUGUAAGAAAUAUACCACAUCUAAGUUUUUCAAUUUCAAGAAUUUUGGAAAGGAUUUUUUUUACUGUAUAUUACAGUAUUGAUGAAUUUUGCAAUUUUGCAUAACAAGAUAGUGACAUACAUGCAGCUGUGCGUGUUCAUCCUUUUUUGUCCAUUCUGAGUUUCAUCAUUUGUUGCAACACUGUAUCGUGGUCUAUUUUCUC